GUCACUGCGGACGUGACGAUCAGAUAGGUUUGGAAAUGAUUCUGGACCGUGAAUAUUCUCUGGAGUUAAAACCACAUUUAAUUACCAUGGAAAACGUUACGUUAUAACUUUACACGCGCGUUUAUUUAGUUUGAACGCGGACCCAUCCUCGAGUGACGAUAUUGUGCGAGAUUCGAGGCGAUAAGAGCGUUUCCAACUCGGUCCGUUUCUGCUGCCUGUUGCUCAGCUGCGUCUGAAGAAAACCAGCAUCGAUAAGCGUCGGAUUUUGUUUCCAUCUGCAAAAUGCCACGGGAUAACAAGAAGUCUCUCAUUCAGAAAAUAGCCAGCCAAGCCAAUAUCACAUUUAAAGAUUUCAAUGCAUCCGCAAUUGGGGACGACAACGUAUUAUUGGACAACCGGGAGAAUCUAAUCACCCUGCUGACGGAAGUCAGGGCUGCAGACCUGAAGCUGAAACCGAACGGCUCACAUUCCGAACACAACCCACCUGUCACGUACAUGCACAUCUGCGAGACGGAGUCGUUCAGCAUGGGGGUGUUUCUACUGAACGGCGGGGCUUCCAUCCCGCUCCACGACCACCCCGGUAUGAACGGGAUGCUCAAGGUUCUAUACGGGAAAGUCAGUAUCAGGUGUUUUGACCUGUUGGAUAAACCGUCGGACCAGGUGCAGAGUGAGACCCAGUUCGAGCCGCCGCUGCUGCCGUUCCAGAAGGACUCUCUGCGGCGGGCUGUGCUCCGAUCCACCAUGUGGUUCACCCAUGACAGUAGUCCGUGUAUCUUAACGCCGCAGAGGGAGAACCUGCAUCAGAUCGACACGGUGGAUGGACCGGCUGCCUUCAUCGACAUCCUGGCACCUCCGUAUGACUCUGACGACGGGAGGGAUUGUCAUUAUUAUAAAGUCCUACAGACUGUUCCCGACGCAGACAGUAAGGUAGAGGCGCAGCAGCAGUGUGAGGAAGAGACGUGGUUACUAGAGAUAGGCCAGCCUGAUGGCUUCUGGUGUGAGGGUGAACCAUACCCAGGGCCCAAGGUCUGCUUCUGAUGUCGGUGUUGUAAAGGCAGGGAUACCUGUGACCAAAUAGGGGCAGCCACAUGACUUUCAAAAGACUUUGAAUUACUGUGAGUGGGACAUGAGUUGGAGCAGAUGAAUGAACUGCAGGUGUGGUGGAUAAUGUCUCCGGGCUUUUGCUCUCCUUAUUAGUUUAAAUAUUGAACUUUCUAAAUCUCCUGUAAACUUCCGGAUCAGAUGUUUUCAUCCUGAACAGGCUCAGAAACAUCCUCUUAACACCAUCGUUGGUAACUGAAAAUAUGAUAUGCCUUAUGUGAAUAUUGAAUGUAAACUUUGAAAGCAUUUAUCACGUCUAGUUUCCAAGUGCACACUACGUUUUCUAUCUUUCAUUGAUUUAUUCCAAACAAAUGUGUGUAUUAAAACUCUAGUUUGUUUAUAAUUGAAGGUUUUUAUUUUGGGACAGCUGAAAGUUCUACCUAUAGCCUUACUGCAGAUACAGUGCCUUUGGAAAGUAUUCAGACCCCUUGACUUUUAUCACAUUUUGUUACAUCGCAGCUUUAUUCUAAAAUUUAUGAAAUUGUUUUUCCUCAUCAAUCUACACACAAUACCCCAUAAUGACAUCACACUACCCCAAAAUGACAUCACACUACCCCAUAAUGACGUCACACUACCCCAUUAUUUUUUUUAUUUUUUUUUAAUUUCACCUUUAUUUAACCAGGUAGGCUAGUUGAGAACAAGUUCUCAUUUGCAACUGCGACCUGGCCAAGAUAAAGCAUAGCAGUGUGAACAGACAACAACACAGAGUUACACAUGGAGUAAACAAUAAACAAGUCAAUAACAUGGUAGAAAAAAAAGAGAAUCUAUAUACAAUGUGUGCAAAAGGCAUGAGGUAGGCAAUAAAUCGAGUAAUUACAAUUUAGCAGAUUAACACUGGAGUGAUAAAUCAUCAGAUGAUCAUGUGCAAGAAGAGAUACUGGUGUGCAAAAGAGCAGAAAAGUAAAUAAAUAAAAGCAGUAUGGGGGGUGAGGUAGGUAAAUUGGGUGGGUAGUUUACAGAUGGACUAUGUACAGCUGCAGCGAUCGGUUAGCUGCUCGGAUAGCAGAUUUUUAAAGUUGUUGACAUAAUGACGUUACACUACCCCAUAAUGACAUCACAAUACCCCAUAAUGACAUCACACUACCCCAUAAUGACAUCACAAUACCCCAUAAUGACAUCACACUACCUCAUAAUGACAACGCAAAAACAGGUUUUUAGAAAGUUUUGCUAAUUUUUUACAAAUAAAAAAAAAUACAAUUUCACAUUUACUUAAGAAUUCAGAGACUUGUCCCGAAGCCGUUCCUGUGUUGUCUUGUCUGUGUGCUUAGGGUCGUUGUCCUGUUGGAAGGUGAACCUUCGCCCCAGUCCUGAGCGCUCUGGAGCAGGUUUUCAUCAAGGAUCAUCAAGGAUCCUUUGUUGCGUUCAUCUUUGCCUUGAUCCCGACUAGUCUCCCAGUCCCUGCUGCUGAAAAACUUCCCCACAGCAUGAUUCUGCCAGGUCUCCUCCAGACGUGACGCUUGGCAUUCAGGCCAAGGAUUUUAAUCUUGGUUUCAUCAAACCAGAGAAUCUUGUUUCUCAUGGUCUGAGGUUCUUUAGGGGCCUUUUGGCAAACUCCAAGCAGGCUGUCAUGUGCCUUUUACUGAGGAGUGGCUUCCGUCUGCCCACUCUACCAUAAAGGCCUGAUUGGUAGAGUGCUGCGGAGAUGGUUGUCCUUCUGGAAGGUUCUCCCAUCUCCACAGAGGAACUCUAGAGCUCAGUCAGUCAGAGUGACCAUCGGGCAGUGGUGUAAAGUGCUGAAGUAAAAAUACUUUAAAAUACAACUUAAGUAGUUUUUGGGGUAUCUGUACUUUAACUUACUAUUUAUAUGUUUGACUUUUACUUCACUAAAUUCCUAAAGAAAAAAAAUGUACAUUUUACUCCAUACAUUUUCUCUGACACCCAAAAGCACUCGUUACAUUUUGAAUGCUUAGCAGGACAGAAAAUGGUCCAAUUCGCACACUUAUCAAGAGAACAUCCCUGGUCAUCCCUACUGCCUCUGAUCUGGAGGACUCACUAAACAGAGAACAUCCCUGGUCAUCUCUACUGCCUCUGAUCUGGAGGACUCACUAAACAGAGAACAUCCCUGGUCAUCCCUACUGCCUCUGAUCUGGAGGACUCACUAAACAGAGAACAUCCCUGGUCAUCCCUACUGCCUCUGAUCUGGAGGACUCACUAAACAGAGAACAUCCCUGGUCAUCCCUACUGCCACUGAUCUGGAGGACUCACUAAACACAAAUGCUUUGUUUUUAAAUGAUGUCUGAGUUUUGGAGUGUGACCCUGACUAUCUGUAAAUAAAUAAAAAAUAUGAAAAUUG